AUGGCCGCCGGUGACGCGCCAGGGAUGCGCGAAGACGACGCGGUGUCCUUCUCCGGAGACGAAGAUAUAGACGGAUCGAUGGACGCCGGGUGCAUCGACGCCGAGGACGUCGCGGCCCUCCUCGACGAUCGCGAGGCGGCCGCGCCCGACGAGACCCUCUCGCUCGCCACGAUCGCGCGACGCAACCUCCCCGACGACUUUCUCGAACUCGCCGAGCCGGAGGCCAUCGCGCGGGCCGUCGCCAAGCUCGACCAGGUGCGUCUGGACCGAUGCAGGCUCGCCUCGUUCGUCGGCGGCGUGUCCGUCGAGGUGCGCAGGGCGUCCUUCGCCAACGUCACCGCGCUCUACCUCCAGCACAAUCGACUGACGUCCACGCGAGGGGUGGACGGAGAGACGCUGCCGAGACUUCGCUUCCUCGCGCUGCAGGGCAACAGGCUUCGCGCCGUCGCCGAGCUCGGCACCCUCCGUCACCUGGCGCUCCUCGACCUGUCGGAAAACCCGAACCUGAGCCGGCUGGACGAGCUCGUGAGUGCCAUGCCGUCGUCGAUGAGGUUCCUAUCGUGCGCGGGGUGCGGAUGCGCGGCGGAUGGGGACUAUCGCGCCGCGCUCGUCGCGUCGCUGCCGCGGCUCAAGAAACUGGACGGGGUGGACGUGACGGGGCGCGAACGAGACGACGCGAUGGCGGCGUUCGGCGAGGACGAGGACGAGGGGGAGAGGGAGGGGGAGGGGGAGGACGAGGGGAACCGGGGCGACCGAACGAGGUCGUCGGGCGGCGGAGCUCGGCGAGAACGACGUUCGGCGGCGAAAGCAGUCGGUUGGUCCUCCGCGAGGAACGAGUCGACGGCCGCGUCGUCGUCCUUCGGCGACGCCGCUCGAUCUCGCGAGAUACGAGCUAUGCUCCCGAUGCUCGAGGACCCCGAGAUGCUCGUCGACGCGAUGGGAGCCGCGGUGAGGUCGCUGGCGUUGGACGCGGUUGGGGAGAUGGACGCUCGCGCCGACGACGUUCGAUCCAACGCGAGAAACGCGCGGGCGACGCGCGACGACGACGCCGACUUGACGAUGGAAGCGAGGGUCAGGGCGGCGCGACGGAGGCAGGACGCGUCGAUUACAGAGGCGGGGACGAUGAUGCCGUUCGACGAGUUCGCGGGACCGGAGGUACUGUAG